AUGCAGUUUAGAGAUGGAGGAUCUAUAUCCUACAUACCAAAGCCAAGUUACAUCACAUCCAUCCAGCCACUUCUGCAAACGACGUCAAGGCAGCAGCACAUCUUCAAGUCAAGAGAAGACGAGGGCAAGAACAAGCUCGUCAAGAUGUGCAACUGCGCUAUCGUCUGCAGGUGCCUCCCUCGGUUUACGGUGAUAGAGCCACGCCGAGGGAUUCAGAAGAAACCCUGCCGACUCCAACGGCGAACCAGCUAUCUCGUGCCCGAGUAUCUUCCUCCGCCCCGGCUGAACAUAGGCAACUUCGACGACCGCCCGUACUGCGAGGGUGGCCCGGCCUUCUCCACCUACAGCCACUAUAGGAUGGAGUACCAGCGGGUACGCAUCACCCAGAGGACACGCCGCUAUGAACUGUCUCGCCCAGUGAGCAGGAGAUACCAUGAGCCCCGGUACAGGACGUGUAUCCCGUCGAGGUUCAGGGAAGUGCGGCCUGACGGGUAUUAUUUUGGGGAUAAUCGGUGGUGA